CAAGGGAAAUUUUGAUGUUUUGGCAAAUAAUAUAUAUAAUUGUCACCCCAGAUCCGACGAAAUGAGUUAUAUUCUUCAAUAUUUUCGUCAGAAAUUUAAAGAAUGCUGUCUGGGAUUAGAAGAAUUCAAUAAGAUGUUUAAUGGAGGUUGUAGUUCCGCCUAUUGUGCAUCGAUUUCCGUAAUUUCCUUUAUACUCUGCAUUCUACUAUAUAAAUCAAUAGAAAAAUAUUUAAGAAUUAGUUUGAUAAUAAUUUUAUGUUUUAUAAUAAUAAUGACUUUGGGUAUCAUAUUAGUUGGUGCUCAAGUAUCAAUUUCGGCAAUGUCACCAUUAAUGGAACUAAAAAGAUUUUGUACUUUUCAAAUGGAUAGCAAUGACAGACUAAAGUUGAUUUCUACAUUAAAAUUACUGGAUGGUCCUGGAUUGGGCAUACAAUGCUUGGAUUUUAUUCUAACUAAAUUGACUGUUACUCGAAUAAUGGAAAGUUCCUUUUCUCUCUUGUCCAGUUUAAAAGAGGUAAAUAAUGGCAAUAAACGGAAGAAAUGCAAUUGAUUUACACCAUUUCGUAUUUGAAAAUUCAAUUUAAAUUACUAUCUUUGUCAUUUGGCACUUAAUUAUAACUUAAAUUUAACAAAUUUUGUAUUCCCAUCAAAUAAAAAAA